GACAAAAUCACCAUUCGUGGUCUCGCAGUGAAAGUAUUGACUUGGGAGGAUUCAAUCUCGUUGCUUUGAGCUCAGCCGGCCAUCAAUUCUUCCGCAGGAAGUGAAAUUCAGUGCUGCAGAACGCCUCGCACAGAGGUCGUGCCCCAGUCAUUUUUGAGAAAGAACCUCAACCCCAAUCUCGAUCAAGGGUGCACACAACACGGCCGCUUCCAGAGUACAGGCAUUGCUUCAGCUCUCAAGCUCUCACCCCCAACCAAGGUUUUCUGUUUCACCAAGCAACACACCUCCACAUGUCCGCCGUGCAAGACGGUCCGUCGUCGGCACUCAGCCACCAAUCAUCCACGGCCAUGCCUCCACCGAUCGAGCUGACCCUUGUGGUCGCCGCCACGAGGCAGAUGGGCAUCGGCAAGGCCGGCACUCUGCCCUGGACGGGCCUGCGGAAGGAGAUGGCAUAUUUCGCGAGGGUGACCAAGCGGGUCCCUGCUUCGAGUGACCCUUCAACAAAGACGCAAAACGUGUUGAUAAUGGGCCGCAAGACGUGGGACAGCAUCCCGCCCAAUUUCAGGCCGCUCAAGGACAGGCUCAAUAUCGUCAUCAGCCGCUCGCACCCGGACCACCACCACCACCACGACGCAGACAGCGACGAUGCAUCCGAGACGACAGCAGCUUCGGUGGUCAAGCUGAGUUCUCUCGACGCCGUGCUGAGGUAUCUCCAAGCACGUCAGGCGACCACCUCCUUCUCCUCCCCUGCUGCUGUCAAGGAAGGACAGAGUGGCAUUCAAAUGGGCAAGGUCUUUGUCAUCGGCGGCGGGGAAAUCUACGCGGCCGCCCUGAGACUGAAAGAGGCGCGAAGGGUGCUGCUCACGAGCGUGCAGAAUGACUUUGAGUGCGACACGUUCUUCCCGCAGAUCAGUGAGGAGACCGGGUGGGAGAAGCAGAGCAAAGAGGCGCUGGAUGCUUGGACAGGCGAGGAUGUGCCCGGAGGCGAGCAGGAGGAGAAUGGAACGAGAUAUGAGUUCCAGAUGUGGGAGCGGAAAUGAGUCUGCCGCUUUGAGAAUUCAAGCGCGUCUGUCCAAAGUGCGGUAAUCCGAUAUCAGGGUGCUUGUAGUUUCAGCUCGAGGUGGGUCCUUGCAGUGCAUU